UUAUAUGGUGAAUCCUAUAAUAGUAGCUGGUAAAGUUUACAUAAUUAUAUUAUAAAUGUAGGUAAUAUUGUAUGAAGAUUAAUUCAUAAAACUCGUUAUAAUUAACGGUGCGGGGUUGGUGCUGGCUGGUAAAUUUCUGAGUUUGUCCUCUGAAAAUGAUUCGUAUCACUGAGCACCAACCCUCAAAUCGUUAUUAUAUAUUACCCAUCUAUACGUGUAUAUUAUAUUAUUGACUAUUGCUAUUAUAAUGAUGUUUAAUGGCCGCGAACCGUUGGUUUCAGCCAGGGGCAAGAAGGGCGGCAACAAGCACAAGAUGGAGGCCAUGCACAUGGGCUUGAGCUACGUGAAAAUGGUGCUUAGCACGCUGAUGGCGGCCAUCGGACAUGUGUUCGCGUUCAAGAGCGUCGGGCUGAGCCUGAUCAGCGUGCUCAUCCAGAUCGCACAGUUCAUCAUGGUGCUGAAGAAGAACCGGGAGAGCCAGCCGCCGUCGUACAAGAUCGUCGAGACCCCAUGGCACACGUCGCCCACCGAGUCGUACGGCGUUUACGGUUCGUACGCCGGCCACGCCAAGUCAUCAGGCGCGGUCAACUACUCGCCGUACGCCGCGCCGCAGGUCAAGAGACGCCGGUGAUGACGACGAUGAUGAUGGAAGGAUGUCCGGUCCGCCGAAACCGGCAGGAUGACAUUGAUUACGUACCUAUUACUAUAGCAAAUAAUAACAAACAAAAUGCCACCCGCUGUCGCGGAGGUAUUAUACGUCAUACCGUGGAACAUAACAUUUCGGCCAUUUUUAAUUAUUAUUAUCAUCAUCAUUACUUAUUUAUUAUUAUAUAUUUAUUUUAUUUAUUUAUCAUGACAUGUGUGUACGUGCGUGUAUGUUACUCGCUUACAUACGAAUAUAUACCUAUAUUAUUAUUA